UGCUGCCAAGGAGCCAGGGGUGGUCCAUAACCAGACUGCUCGUUAGCAAGGGGUGUGUGUGAGAACAAGAGAAUACCGAAAAGAAAAACACACAUCCCUCCAUUCGAUCUGUUCUUACGAGUUUCAGUCGGCACACAGCAGCGAUGUCACAGGCUCAAGAAAUUCAGCUCCAAAUUAGAGGUGAACUUAACUGAAGCAUUUGAUAAAUUACGGUGCCUUUUCUGUCCACUAAAGGCACCCCGGAGCACGAAUCCGGCCAUGGCGAGAACGGCGGGGGGUCAAAGGCCGCCGAUCGUCGACGGCUGGCGGGAAGCAGCAUCCGAUGGUGGCUGAUGGUCAUGGUGGACAUGUUCAUUGUGCUCUGCGGGCAGACCAUAGCCACCCUCCUCGGUCGCCUCUACUACAACUCCGGUGGCAACAGUAAGUGGAUGGCCACGCUCACGCAGUCCGGCGGAUCGCCCCUGAUCGCCAUCCUCCUCCUCCUGACGCCGCCGGACUCCGCCGACGCCGGGCCUCAGCCGCCGGCGUCCAAGAUGUUGCCCAUCUACCUGGGCCUCGGCAUCCUCAUCGGCUUCGACAACCUCAUGUACUCGUACGCGCUGCUGUACCUGCCGGUGUCCACCUUCGCGCUGGUAGCCGCCACGCAGCUCGGCUUCAACUCCAUCACCUCGCGCCUCAUCAACAAGCAGCGCUUCACGGCGCUCAUCGCCAACUCCGUGGUGGUGCUCACCUUCUCGGCCACCCUGCUCGGCGUGGGCUCCUCCUCCGACGGCACCUCUAGCAACCUCCCGCCGGGCAAGUACACGCUGGGGUUCAUCCUCACGCUGUCCGCCUCCGCCGUCUUCGCGCUCAUCCUGUCCCUCUUGGAGGUCACCUUCGAGAAGGUGAUCAAGACCAGGACGUUCCGGUGGGUGCUGCGGGUGCAGCUCUACACGGGGCUCGUGGCGUCGGCGGUAACGGUGUGCGGGCUGUUCGCGUCCGGGGAGUGGAGGACGAUCCCGGGGGAGAUGGCGGCGUACAAGGACGGGAGGGCGAGGUACGUGGCGACGCUGGUGGGGACGGCGGUGUCGUGGCAAGCCAUGGCGGUCGCGAACCUGCGGCUGAUCACCAGGGUGUCGUCGCUGUUCGCCAACGUGACGGGCACGGUGGCGCUGCCGCUGGUGCCGGUGUUCGCGGUCGUACUGUUCGGGGACAAGAUGACGGGGAUCAAGGCCGUCGCAAUGCUCAUGGCCCUCUGGGGAUUUCUCUCCUACGUGUACCAGCACUUCCUCGACGGCCGGCGCGCGGCCAUGGGGAAGGAGCGAGCGGCAGAAUGCCGCGUGUGCGCGGUGCGCGCGGGAGGCGAGGCCGUUUAGGACGCUCGAGACGUUUGUUAUCACUCUGCUUUUUUUCCUAUGAAAGUCAAAUUACAGUA